GCUGACUCUUGACCCGGUUAACUUUUAAUGUCGGCGGAAGGAUAUAUUCAGGGCUUUUCUGUGGGGCGUGCGGACACGCAGGGAUAACCUACAUCAACCCUACAGUUUUUCACACCGCACAGUGUCUGUCUGUGAACAGGAAAGAACAACAUGAUGUUUGCUUGGAGUCUUCUGCUUCUAUCGUUCGGCACACUGGUGCCCGUGAAAGGUACGCAGACAUUAAACGAUGUUAUCGACAUCUUUGGUGACAAGCUGCACAUAAUGAGACCUGGAUAUGGAGGUGCUGACCGUCACCAUGUAUGUCCGACAACACUGGCAAGACGAUCGGCUUGGCUUUCAGACCAAUGACUCAAGGUCCAUCAGUCUUUCAGGAGAAGACGUAGACCUGAUCUGGACCCCCGACUUGUUCUUCACUAACCUGGUUGACGGCUUUGUUCAAGACGUCUUCCAAGACAACGUUAUGAUCCGCAUUUCUCCGAACGGAAGGGUUCUCUUAAGUCAACGAGUAUCUGUGGACGUCCGGUGUCCUUUGAACAUGCAGAGGUUUCCAGCCGACACCCAAGUGUGCAGUUUUAACUUAGAGAGCUACUCCCUCACAAAAAAUGACAUAGCGUUGAUGUGGAUGGACGGAGAUCCCAUCAAUGUGGACACAGACCUCGGCAUUCCCCAGUUCAAUCUCUCUACAAUAAACACAUCAACAAGACAAAAUGCCUUUUCCACAGGAGUUUACCAGAAGCUGGCGGCCUCACUGACCUUCCGUCGUAACAUGGGUGGUCACGUGGUCAUGUUCCAAAUACCCAGCAUCCUCUUGGUCAUCUCGUCCUGGAUCUCGUUCUGGUUACCAAUUCGUUUUGCGCAUGCGCGCAUGUUAAUCGGCAUCCUUCUCCUCCUCGGUCACAUGGCGCUGUCGGCACUGCCCAGAGCCCUGCUGCUAUCAAACGUCGCUUACAUGACGCUUAUGGACGUAUGGAUGGCCAUCGAUACUGCAUUGAUCUUCCUCGCCAUUCUCGAGACCGUUGCCGUCUUGUUCUUCCAACGCAACGAGGACCAAAUGUCUUCGGACGACGGCGUGGGUAGGCCCGAGGGCGGUACUGAGACCAUCCCGAUGACUGACUUCGUGAAGCCCGGGCAAUCCUCGUUAGGACAGAAACUAGGCGGCAAGUUGUCGAAGCUAGACUUCAUCUCUCGUAUUGCCUUCCCGGUGUUGUACCUGCUCGUUAACAUAAUCUACUGGUCGAUCUUAUCUUCUGCGCCGUAGACUCAUUCCGUAAUAUUAAUAAGCAAAUUCACACUUCAAAGUACGCAUGCAUGGCGACAGGAAUUGUGGGUAGUAUGUCAAAGGUGAAGGUCCUUAGACAUUAACAAUGCACGAAUGGACAUUGCUUAUAUUAUGCAAAUCGAUACAGUUAGCAUUUGAAAUAGAAAAUUGUGCAAUUUAGUUGCAUGAAACGGAACGCAACGUUUAGCAAUACCCUUUCUACUUUUUAUUGUCUUCUACAUGCUUUAACGAAUACGGUUUGAUACUACAUAACAUACGUAUUAUAUACAUGACACUAUUCAUGGAAUAAAGCUACAUUUAUAACGUAACAGGCCAGUAGGUAUUAUCAUUCUUAUAGUUACUUUAACUUUAAUUCCUUCACAGUAUAAUCAUCGGUUUUAAUCUUAAAUGAAUUUGUAAUUUUGUACUCAUAUUGAGGAUAAAAGUACAGUUUACUGUAGCUGUCAUUUAACAGUCAAUAAACAUAACAUUUAUUAUUCCUGUCAA